AACUCGGGGGCACUAGAGAUAAGCGAGGGAGCCUCCACCCGGGGCAGGAUGACUGUCCCGGCGCAGAAGGGAAAGGGGCCCCUGGGAAAGUGACAAUAGGACUUGCGGAGGCCUCGCGCCUGGCAGACGGCAGGCCAGGGUUCAGGCCUCCCUCCCUGACAUGGAGAGUAACCUGUCUGGCUUGGUGCCUGCUGCUGGUCUGGUACCUGCGCUGCCGCCCGCCGUGACCCUGGGGCUGACUGCGGCCUACACCACCCUGUACGCCCUGCUCUUCUUCUCCGUCUAUGCCCAGCUCUGGCUGGUGCUCCUGUAUGGGCACAAGCGUCUCAGCUAUCAGACGGUGUUCCUGGCGCUCUGUCUGCUCUGGGCUGCCCUGCGUACCACCCUCUUCUCUUUCUACUUUCGAGACACACCCCGAGCCAACCACCUGGGGCCCCUGCCCUUUUGGCUUCUCUACUGCUGUCCUGUCUGCCUGCAGUUCUUCACACUGACGCUCAUGAACCUCUACUUUGCUCAGGUGGUGUUCAAAGCCAAGGCAAAGCGUCGGCCAGAGAUGAGCCGAGGCUUGCUGGCUGUCCGAGGGGCCUUCGUGGGGGCCUCGCUGCUCUUUCUGCUGGUGAAUGUGCUGUGCGCCAUGCUGUCCCGCAGGCGCAGGGCACAGCCCUGGGCCCUCCUGCUGGUGCGUGUCCUGGUGAGCGACUCCCUGUUUGUUAUCUGCGCACUCUCUCUUGCCGCCUGCCUCUGCCUUGUGGCCCGGCGGGCCCCCUCCACCAGCAUCUACCUGGAGGCCAAGGGGACCAGUGUGUGCCAGGCAGCUGCAAUGGGUGGUGCCAUGGUCCUGCUCUAUGCCAGCCGGGCCUGCUACAACCUGGCGGCCCUCGCCUUGGCCCCCCGGAGCCGGCUGGACGCCUUCGAUUACGACUGGUACAACGUCUCUGAUCAGGCGGACCUGGUGAACGACCUGGGGAACAAAGGCUACCUGGUGUUUGGCCUCAUCCUCUUUGUGUGGGAGCUGCUGCCCACCACCCUGCUGGUGGGCUUCUUCCGGGUACAUCGGCCCCCACAGGACCUGAGCACCAGCCGCAUCCUCAACGGGCAGGUCUUUGGCUCCCGUUCCUACUUCUUCGACCGGGCACACUGCGAGGAUGAGGGCUGCUCUUGGGAGCAUAGCCGGGGUGAGAGCACCAGCAUGUCAGGCAGCCUAGGCUCCAGCAGCUGGUAUGGCACCAUCGGGCGGGAACCAGGCUGGUGUGGAGGCAGCCAGACUCGGACCACGCCCCUGCUCUUCUCCCAGGUUCUGGGACCAGGCGGCCACCACCACAGUCUCUACUCCACCCCACAGACGUGAUCCCCCUUCAUCUCCCCGCAGAACACCCAGACCCCAGCCCCUCCCACCCCAGACCCUUGUGCCAAGUUCAUCUGCUGCUUCUUGCCCAGGAUCCCGGGGGCUGUGGCUGCCUCUUCCCCAGGCCGGCUCCUUGCUACUCCUGAUGCAGUGAGCUUGUGCUGUCCCCUAGGAUGGGGGGGGCAUGGCCCUGGCUGCCAGAUGCUCACGGCGCCCUGGCAUGACCCACCCCACCGCCUCCUCUUCCACUCCGGAGCCAGCUACCUCUCCCGCGUCUGCCACUCAAUAAACAGUGUCUGUGCCCCAA